UUUUUCAAAUAUACAGCUUUACAUUGUUCAUUUUUCUUAUAAAUUACACAUUAGUGAGUGGUCUGCCAAAUUGUUUUUUAGGCAAUUGACUGGUGGACUUCAGGGGUUCUUAUGUAUGAACUAUUGACAGUCAAUGGGGAGAAUUCCCGAGCUGGGCUCUCUAGGAUCGUGGACACAUCCCCCAGCAGUUCCUUGAGGAGCUGCUGGGGGACAUCAUGGCCCUCGAGGCUGAACAGGUCCAGAGGAGGAACCAGCCCGCCCACCUGAGCUGGGACCUGGAGCUGCUGAUAGAAGCCUGCACGCGGAUCAUCGAUUUGGAGGAGAAUACGGGUACCCUCCAGGGCACAGUAAAGACACUGCAGGAGGAGAACCAGCAGCUCCGGAAGGAGGUGGCAGAGUUGGGGACCCAACUCACCCAGGACAAGGCCAACAGCCAAAAGGAAGAGCUGGAGGGAGAACCCCCAUCUAACAUCGCCAACACCGUGAGGCCCUCCAGGGCCACACAGGAGGAACCUUCCAGUCUGGGCCCCCAGAACCAACAGGGGGCCGAGGAGAGGGAGCUGGGGGAGCAGGAGAAGCAGCUGCCAGAAGUCCAGGAGGCCCUGAAGCAGGAGCAGGAGGCCAAGGCCCUUGCCGCCGCCGCCGCCGGAGAGAACAACGGAGAGAAGGAGAGGCUGCAGCAGGAGCUUCAAAGGUAACCGCCCUGCCCCUGCAGCGGCAUCUGCCGCGUUUCAUUCACACCAACUCCCUCAGCUCUCACUGAGCUCAGCUCAGGUGAG